AUAGAUAUAGAUAUAGUUAGGUGUGUGCGUGAGACUUGUGUGAUUGUCAUGGCUACGUUAAAUGUGCAUACCUGCAUCUACUGUCGUCUAAAAGUUCGGGCAUCGCACCAGGCCGUACAAUGCGAAAUAUGUGACAGGUGGCAGCAUAGGUUAUGUGACACAGGUAUCAACAGGGAGUUCUACCGUCAGGCGCUCAGAGGUCACGUAGAGAUGCAGUGGGUGUGUCGCAUGUGUGCGGCAGCCGAGCAGUCUUCCGCUGCAUCGGUGCAACCACAAUCCAUGAUUUCCCGCCAUGAUUCUUCUUCUUCAGACGAUUCUACAACGGACGAGGAGGCAGAAUUAGCUCUGCCGCAGCCGAAACCCAUAAUAUUCCGCCGUGAUUCUUCUUCUUCUUCAGACGAUUCUACGACGGACGAGGAGACAGAAUUAGCUCAACCGCAGCCGAAACCCAUAAUAUUCCGCCAUGAUUCUUCUUCUUCUUCAGACGAUUCUACGACGGACGAGGAGACAGAAUUAGCUCAGCCGCAGCCGAAACCCAUAAUAUUCCGCCAUGAUUCUUCUUCUUCAGACGAUUCUACGACGAACGAGCAGCCCGAGAUACCGCCACCGCCCGUUCAGUACGAAGUGAUCGACUCCGCAUCGACGCGUGGCCGCCCCAAGCUAGCAGACGAUCGUGGAUUCACGUACACCUCGUACAGGCGUAGUGACGUCACGACCACGUGGCGCUGUAGAGUUCGAAAUAACCACGCAAUGUGCUUGGCACGCGUUAAACAGAAUAACGAUAGGUUCCUGAUGCCCCCGUGUGUUGGCCAGAAAGGUGACCCAUCUGUGACAUCAUAACUACUAAGUCAAUUACUAGUCUCUGUCAUGUGACCCCACCUACCUCUGGGACAUCACAGUCACAUCUACAGUAUAUUAUGGCAGGCUAAUUGUACCAUAGACCCGAGGUAAGCACUAUACAUGCAAUGGAGUUAAAUAAAUAAAUUUAUAAGUAUAAGUACUCCCUUUCUCAUAUAUAAUAAGUUUAAUCUGAACAGUAUAAUAAACUUAUAAUUAAUUUAAUUAAACUAUAUUAUGAUUAAUAUGAAAAGCACAGCCCAGUUAUAUUUCAUUAGAUAGAACGUAUAUACGUAUCACCAAGAUGGUUUUGUCAUUGUACUAAUUCCAAUAACGGUAAUUAAUUUAAUGCUCGUUUUUGGAGGGGUUCUUCAUAAUAAUUGCUUAUAUUAUGUAAAACUUAGAUUUGCAUACGUAUAUAUUUUCAGGUUUAUCGCAUUAAGGCAGCCAACUACAGCAUAGCAGUCAACCUUUGAUUAGGGCUUCAUCCUAUAUUUUCAUUGUCAAAAUCAGCUUAUUAUUUUUAUAUUUGCUAAAUUCAUUGGCAUUGUUAAUAAGUAAUUUUCACUGGAAGAAAUGUUUACUUGACCACCUUGUAUAAACAUCGAUAUCAUUGAUCCUCCUUAAAAUGUUCUUUUGUAAAUUCAAGUUCAAUAGAAAUUAGGAUAUACAGAUAUAGAUAUACAGUAUACAUAUCAUUAUUAAACAUAUGUUUGUAUCUUGAGCUAAACAAAAUAAUGUUAUGCAUUUCUGUUUUUAUUGCUCGUUGAUAUUCACUAUCGUUGAUACAAUACACACUAGGAAUAUAUAUAUACUGAAUAACAUACGGCUAAACGAUUAGGUUC